AAAACCCACAGAAGAAGAAGAAGAAGAUUUACGUUAAAGGUGGUCAUGUGACUAACUUCUGUAAGCCAAAGACGUUUGUUGUUAGCCAAUGUGUGACCUGUGAAAAUGGAGCCGUUUAGAAGGCUAGUGAACUGUUUUGUGUUUCUAUCUGCAUUAUGGGAUGUCGCUCAUUUGCUGGACGGUGGAAUGCUCUUCCCCCGAGAGUCGUCGUCGCGGGAGAUCAAAGAGCUGAAUGGGCUGUGGGACUUCAGAGCCGACGUCUCCCACGACAGGAACUUGGGCUUUCAACAGGCAUGGUAUAAAAGUCGCCUUGCAGAGACCGGUCCAGUGAUUGACAUGCCAGUGCCUGCCAGCUACAACGACAUCACCCAGGAUCCCCAGCUGAGGGAUUUCAUUGGCUGGGUGUGGUAUGAGCGAGAGGUGUUGGUACCCUCACGAUGGGUGUCUGAUGAGGGAACCAGAGUCGUGCUGAGGGUUGGGAGUGCACACUACUACUCAGUGGUCUGGGUGAAUGGACUCAAAAUCACAGAGCACGAGGGUGGCCAUCUUCCCUUCGAGGCUGAGAUCGGCGAUGUCCUCCGUAAGGACCCAGGUGUGGCCUGCAGGAUCACCAUAGCUGUCAACAACACCCUGACUCUCCAUACUCUGCCCCCAGGGAGCAUUCAACAUAUUGACGACCCCACCAGGUAUCCUGCUGACUAUGUUGUACAAAACACAAACUUUGACUUCUUCAACUAUGCUGGUUUGCAUCGUCCUGUUCUACUGUAUACCACUCCUAAGGCGUAUGUUGAUGACAUCACAGUGCUGACAUCCUUUGCUGACAACAUUGGGCUCAUCAGUUACCAGGUGUCAGUGCUGGGCAGUCUCAACUCCACGCUGAAGGUGACCCUGUCGGACAAAGAUGGCCACUCCGUGGCCUCCUCCACUGGACCGUCUGGGGUCCUCAAAGUGAUGGAAGUCAGCCUGUGGUGGCCGUAUCUAAUGCAUGAGAGCCCAGGAUAUCUGUAUUCUAUGGAGGUUCACAUGACGACAGCUAGCGAGGGUUCUGUCUGUGAGGAUGUUUAUGCUCUGCCUGUGGGAAUCCGCACGGUCCAGGUCACCAACACGCAGUUUCUCAUCAACAGCAAACCCUUCUAUUUCCACGGAGUCAACAAACAUGAGGAUGCUGAUAUCAGAGGGAAGGGCCUGGACUGGCCCCUGAUUGUGAAGGAUUUUAACCUGUUGAAGUGGCUGGGGGCCAACUCGUUCAGGACCAGUCACUACCCGUACGCUGAGGAGAUCCUGCAGAUGGCAGACCGCCAUGGCAUUGUGGUCAUUGACGAGUGUCCCGGGGUGGGCAUCGCAGACAUACGUAGUUUUGGGAACGCCUCACUGUCUCAUCACCUGGUGGUCAUGGACGAACUGGUGAGAAGGGACAAGAAUCACGCCUCCGUGGUCAUGUGGUCUGUAGCCAAUGAGCCGGCCGCUGAGAUGCCUCCUGCUGGAUUCUAUUUCAAGACACUGAUAGCUCAUACCAAAUCUCUGGAUGUCACUCGACCGGUCACGUUUAUCACCGCCAGUAACUUUGCCAGGGACAAGGGGGCUCCCUAUGUGGAUGUGAUAUGUGUGAACAGUUACUUCUCCUGGUACAGUGACCCAGGUCACCCGGAGGUCAUCCCCUACCAGCUCAACACCCAGUUUGAGAACUGGUACAGGAAGUACCAGAAACCCAUCAUCCAGAGUGAAUACGGAGCUGAUGUGGUUCCGGGAAUGCACACUGAUCCUCCCAUGAUGUUCACUGAGGAAUACCAGAAAAUCGUGUUAAAAAACUACCAUGACGUGUUCGACCAGAAGAGGAAGGAGUAUGUCAUUGGAGAACUCAUCUGGAACUUUGCUGACUUCAUGACGGCACAAACGGUGGCCCGUGUUGUGGGCAACAAGAAGGGAAUCUUCAGUCGCCAGAGGCAGCCCAAAGCUGGGGCCUUCCUCCUGAGGGAGAGGUAUUGGAGGCUGGCCAAUGAGACGGGCCUGCUGCCCACCUGGUCCAGGUACCCCUGCUACCUGGCUACAUAUCCCUGACACACCUGGGUCGUAUUCAUUAGAGCAGAACCCUGCACAUUAUAACGAAACAUUUCUAAACGCUUUGCAACCCGAAAACAAAAACAAUAAUUUCUUAUUUGAUGAGUCCAGGUCGUCCUCUGUUUUGUUCCGUUUUGUGUCUUAACACCAACCUGAAUGACGCAGACUGCGUGACGACUAGAAACGCUAUGAAGACGCACAAUUACCAGAAACAACGGGAUCAAUGGCUGCGUUUACACAAGCAGCUCAAUUCUGAUAUUUGUUUCACUAAUUGGUCAAAUGACCAGAUCUGAUUUAGUGGAAGAAUGAUCAGAAUUGGUGUGCCUGUGUAAACUCACCUAUUCCUGUGCGACCCUCUGCUCAGACGUGUCUGACGCCUGGCAGAUCUCACAAAGCCUGGGGGUAGCUAUUUUACCUAUCCGCUAACCACGUAUGUUAUAGCAAUGUUAAUGGGUGGAUUUGAUUAUGCGGAGCUGAAGGUCAACGGUCUAUGGCGCGUGAUGUGAACGAUCAAAAGCAGUAAGACUGAGUGUCCUUCUCAAAUCAAACAGUCAUCUGCGCUGUUCGUUCAUGUUAACUUUUCAUUCGGAAGGCAGAUCGUUUUUUUUUUAAAAUCAAAAGCAAUCACUUUUACAUGUGAAAACACAGAAUUCCUACUCAUGUCUUUAAUCUUUAACCUGUUCCAAAACAAAUGCAAUCAACUAUCACCCGGUGCAAAACACGCCUACCCGGGCCAGAUGAAUCAAAUGCCCUCAUUUGAGACAGUCGAUGACUUGGUACACAACCAUUGGUUACCACUUCCAUUGGUUACCAUGUCUACCACUUUUCUGUCUUGCCUCUUUUUUUUUUUUUUGUAAUUCAGGGGAUCAACCAGUUGUAUACAUGAAUGUGAAUCAUGAUGCUGUUCAGUGUAAAUAAAUGGGAAUGGGAUGUAUGAAAGAAGGAAUAUGUCUUUUUAGUUUUUUACUCUUGUUUCGUUUUUAUUUGUAUUCAUUUUAGGACUUAAUUCAGUCUGAAUCGCUGAAUCAGAUUGUGUGGUAGACAAGGACUUAAUGCAGCGUUUAGCGUAGACAUACAGAAAGUAUUCAGACCCCCGUGACUUUUUCCACAUUUUGUUACGUUACAGCCUGAUUCUAAAAUGGACUAUGUCGUCUUCUCGCCCCCCUCCCCUCAUCAAUCUACACACACUAUCCCGUAAUGACAAAACAAAACCCGUUUUUUAGAAACCUUUUGUUGAAGCACCGUAGGCAGCGAUUACAGCCUCGAGUCGUUUUUGGUAAGACUCGAGGCUGUAAUCCGCUCGCCCACAAGCUUUGGCAGACUUAUUUGACUUUCGGCAAGCUAGCUCGGUUUAACUCCAUUUAUUUUUGACGUUGAGGACCAAUGAUAUCCGAUACCCUCAGACUCACAAAUAUUAGGUCAUCCCCUUCAUUUGAGCAAGAUAACUGAUGAAACAAUUUAUUUUUUGUUUAAUUUUUUUUUUUAAAUACCUAACACAUUACAAGCAAUUUGCUACACCCUCAAUAACAUCUGCUAAACAUGUGUAUGUGACCAAUACAAUUUGAUUUGACAUAUAUUUAGUAAUGACAAAAUGCAUUUAACUUCACGCACAGUGACCUUAAUACAAUUAUUAUGAGUGGGGAGGAAAAGGUGCCGGUGUGUUGAUAAGCACACCAAAGACUCUAACAAUAAGUCAUUCAAAAAAGACCUUUGCUAAGUGACUAAAAUGUAAACGAUAACAAUUUUUGAUUUCGGCACAAAUUUAAAUGUGGCACUAUUUUUGUCAAUGGUUUGAUGUUUCCGCAUUGUGAAUCGUUCGGUGUUCAACAAGCCUGUUUGAGUUAGCUGUAGGCGGACGAGCAAUAUCCACUGUUGUAGUUCGGAUGAAGCCUGAGCUGGAAUGUGAAGAUAGCUGGCUAGCUUUAGAAAACCCUGAGUAGAUUUAGCUUCGUAGUAUACCCCCCUCUGGUGUAAUUUAGUUCCUAACGUCCUAGAUAAUGAACUGUAGAGAUUCUUCAAUAUAGCCCUUGGGUAAUUACACUUUUUUAAAGAAUAAAACCUUAUACUGUGCUAA